AUGAGAGCUCCGGAAGAUGUGCCAGUAACACAUCUUAUUGUUGAUGCUGCCGGUUUUCUUAAAAAGGCAAAAUUAAUUGAUAUUGGUUCAAAAUUAUAUACAACAUCAUCUGUUGUUAAUGAGAUUAAAGAUAAAGCUACCAAAGAGUACAUUCAAAGUAUUCCAUAUGAUAUUGAAAUAAAAGAACCAACAAAAGAAUCUCUUCUAAAAGUUAUUGAGGUUGCUAAGAAGACUGGUGAUUAUCCUUCAUUGUCUGGACCAGAUUUAGGUAUUAUAGCAUUAACACUUGAUAUUCAUAUAAAUAAUGUUGGAGAGGAUGAUGUUAACUAUGAUAUAAAAGGGAAAGUACAGGAAAAAGGAAUUGAAAAAAAGAGUGUUAUUGUUGAUAAUUUUGUUGGAUUUGUUAAUCCUGAAAAAAAAAGUAUAAUUAAAAAAGAUGAUCAUACUGAUAGUAAUGAUGAAAUAAAUGAUGAUAAUUCUUCUAAAGAUGACGAAAUUAAAAAUGAUAUUGAAAAUGAGGAUGUUAAUUUAACAAAAGUAGAGGAUGAGUCAUUAGAAGAGGAAGAAGAUUGUGAUUCAACAGAUGAAGAAGGAUGGAUAACAUCUUCCAAUUUUACAGAAGCUGUCUCAAAAAUGGAUUCAUUAGGAAUGGCUGAUAAACAUCAGGAAGUUGCCUGCCUAUCUACUGACUUUGCUGUACAAAAUGUUCUUAAGCAUAUGAAUUUGGGAAUCGUUUCUGUUGAUGGUUAUCAAAUAAAAGUACUUAAAUCAUAUGUACUUCGAUGUCGUGCCUGUUUUCAAACAACAUCAAUUAUGACAAAGAAAUUUUGUUCUAAAUGUGGACACAAUUCAUUACAUAGAGUUGCUGUAACUGUAAAUGAAGAUGGAGAAAUGAUAUUACAUAUUAAUUAUGAUAAAUUACAUUCUAAACGUGGUAUGAUAUAUUCAUUACCAACAUUUAAAGGUGGUAAACAUAGUAAAGAUCCUAUAAUUUUUGAAGAUCAACGUGUUCCACAUAAUAGAAUGGCAACAGUACAUGAUUCUAAACAAAUUGAUUCACCAUUUUCUUUGAAUGAUGUCACCUCAAAAUCAGCUAUGCUAGGAUUAAGAAGUUAUGAAAAAGCAUUAGGAGGAAAUAGAAAUCUUGGUGGGAGAGGAAGAAAACGUGGUGGUAAGAGAAGAUAA